GACCCAGACCUAGAGUCUGCGCAGACUUGCACCCAGACCGGCCAGAACUCUGAAAUUCAUCAGACUUUGGCCCCAGAGUGUCCAUUUCCUGGAUGCCAGAUUAUUUUGACAGGCUUUAUGCAACGUACCUAUCCAUCAUUCAGACGCAAGGCGUGCUUGCCCAUCUUUGGACUUACGAUUGUUCCUCCUAAAUCGGUGGUGAAUUUGCCGCUACCAGAAGCUCUUAGACUCGGAGGUUGCCUGCGUGAACCGCAGGCAUGAUGGUUUCGCAAUCAACUUGAGCUUUGAGGGGAAAAGAUCAGGACGUUUGGUUCCCAGAUCCCUACAAUCAUGGCCGAUCCCGCUACUCCACCGCAGACAAACCAGCCUCUCAUCGCACUCAUCACCGGCGCAGCUCAGGGCAUCGGACGUGCCAUUGCCCUGCGGCUCGCAGAAGAUGGACUCGACAUCGCUAUCGCAGACUUAAAAUCACAGCGCACAAACCUCGAUGGCGUCGCGGAAGAUGUAAGGGCGAAAGGGAGGCGGUGUAUUGUCUUGGAAUGUGACAUAUCACAAGAGGAGGAAGUCCUGCAAAUGGUGCAGGCUACGGAGAAAGAGCUCGAUGGUUUGGACGUCAUGGUAGCAAAUGCCGGACGAAUUAUUGUGAAGCCUAUGGUUGACACUAACCUCGCCGAUUUCGACGGGAUCUUCAAUACCAAUGUCCGGGGGACAUUUCUCUGCUUACGUACUGCAGCGCAAGCUAUGAUCAGGCGGGGGCGUGGUGGGAGGAUCAUUAGCGCGUCAUCGGUAGCGGGGAAGAAAGGGAUGCCUUUGAACAGCAUUUACUGUGCGUCGAAAUCUGCCAUUCGAUCAUUCACGCAGGCGCUCGCGGGUGAACUCGGGCCACACGGAAUCACCGUGAACGCGUACGCGCCUGGACCAGUUGAUACACUUCUCUUGCAAAGCUCCGCUGAAGCAUGUGCGAAAUAUAUAGGGCUUCCUGACGCCAAGACGUUUCUCCAAGGUUACCAAACGAACGCGGCGCUGCCGCGAAUUGGAACGCCAGAAGACAUUGCGGGCAUGGUGUCGUUCCUCGCGGGCAAGGAUUCCGCCUAUAUCACUGGCCAGACACUCACAGUUGAUGGGGGAGUAUGGAUGGAUUAACCGUGUGCUUGUGGCACAUCAUAUAAUGUAUCCUGUUUGCAACCACCUUCGAGUCCUUAGAGAGAAUUAGAAUUUAUAUAUGUUCACUUGCUUUUA